AAGCGGGGUAGUUUCGAUGCCUCUCUCGGGGUAGUUUCAACGUCGCUCUCGAUAGUCGCUCGAUAGGGCUGUCGAUAAGACGCGUCAGAUAACGUCGUCAAAUAACGCCGCUGAAAUAACGUCGCGAGUUUGUGACAGUAUUAACAAUAACGGAUCAGUAUAACCGAGUGUUCCCAGCGAUCGCUUUAUCGAGCGUAAGCUCGAAUUAACGUCUUUGCGUAGCAAGAGAUCGCUGAGAUUUCAACUUGGAUUGUUUAUUUUCUCCUUCCUCACCUCCUCUUAUUUCAUCCUUUCCUUUCGGAUUACCUUACGUUGAAGUUUAUCCCGCGACGCAUCAAGCAAAGAGGACCCACCUAUCGAUCUGGGAUCUAGCGACACGAUCCAUCGACCCACAACGAACGACCGUUUCACGCGUCGCGACGUCGCAUCGUCAACAGCGCAAGGACCAUCGCAACGGCAGAGAACUGAAACGUGUUAUCCUCCGGAUCGCUAACGGUCUGAACGACGAAACCGGGAGCCGUUUCAUCGCAGAAGCGAGUUCGGUGUAACCAUCAAAAUUACCGGCCGCGGCGGUUGCGCCAAGUACUGUGGUACAGCUCCAUCACCCGGCAACAUUUCCUUCUCCAGUUUUCGUCAGUCCUUCACCUCCAAUGUCAACUACCUGAAACGGAGCUUGUCUUCCAGGUUCUCAUCAGGGGACCUAAGCUCGGAGCUCGACGAUGAGCCAAACGCAGAUCCUGGGAUGGCCACCAUGGGCCGGCAGGACUCGUCUCAGCCGUAUCAAGCGGUGUCGGACCGACCCCUGCAGUCCCAACCGGGCCCGAUACCGCCACCAUCUCAGCCGCCGAUCCCGGGCGCGCCACCCCAGGGACCACCGCAACCCAUCGGCGGCGAUCUCAGUCUUAAUCUGAGACCUGGUUCGCGGACCACCAGCGCACCGUCCUCGCCGGCAAAAACAAGGGAGAGUUUGCUCCAGCGCGUGCAGAGCUUAACCGGCGCCGCCCGCGACCAGGGUGCUUCUAUUUUGGGAGCGGCGGUCUCUGGCGCGACAGGUAGAGGCUCAUCAUACAGCAAGGACCGAUGCUUCACCCUGCUGGUGAUCGAUGACCAGAACACCGACUGGAGCAAAUACUUUCGGGGGCGUAGACUGCAUGGCGAUUAUGAGAUUCGCGUAGAGCAGGCGGAAUUUCGAGAAUUGUCCCUGACGGCAAGCGAGGCGGGCACCGUUGUGUCCAUGGCUGUCUAUCGUAACGGGACCAAAGUUAUUCGAUCCUUCAAACCUGAUUUCGUAUUGAUACGUCAAAAUCUACGGGAUGCUGGAGAAGAUUACAAAAAUCUGCUUCUUGGUCUGAUGUACGGCGGUGUACCCAGCGUUAACAAUCUCACAGCAAUUUACAACUUUCAGGACAAACCUUGGGUAUUUGCUCACCUGCUGGGACUACAGCGUCGUUUAGGUAAAGACAACUUUCCCCUGAUCGAGCAGAGUUAUUAUCCCAAUCAUCGCGAAAUGGUGAGCGCAUCUCGAUAUCCCGUCGUAGUGAAAUUGGGCCACGCCCACGGCGGAACCGGCAAGGCCCGUGCGGAAACAAAUCAGGAAUUUCUAGAUCUCGCUUCGUUGGCAGCUAUGGCUAACACUUAUUGCACGGCGGAACCCUACGUCGACACCAAGUACGACGUGCACGUACAGAAAAUUGGGAACAAUUACAAGGCUUUCAUGCGGAAAAGCAUAAGCGGCAACUGGAAAUCGAACACCGGAUCGGCAAUGCUGGAGCAACUUAUCUUGAGUGAUAGACAUCGCUCAUGGGUCGACCACGUGGCACAAUUAUUCGGAGGAUUAGAUAUCUGCGCGAUUGAAUUACUGGUGGGCAAGGACGGCCGAGAGCACAUUAUUGAGGUCAAUGACAGCGCGCUAUCUUUAAUGGGUGACUCCCAGGAAGAAGAUCGACGUCAUAUCGCGGAUUUGGUUACCGCGAAGAUGCAUAUUUUCUGUCGACCUCCAAGCGUGUUGACGAAGACCUCCUCGCGGGGCUCGAUGUCGGGUUCUAGUCAGGUGGGUAGCCCGGUAGAAGAUCGAAGCGCACCUCCAACCGCGCCUUUGGGAUCCCACGGAAGUGUAGGCUCUAUGGCUAGCAUAGGGAGCUUAGGUUCCGUAGUUUCCACCGCACCAUUGUCGACCGACGUCACCGCUACUGAUCAUCAUCAACAAGUGCAGCGGCGUGAUUCUCAAGCUUCUCAAUCGAGCACGGUGAGCAGCGCGCCGUCCGUCGGCCGACGUUCCGAUGAACCACCUCCGCUGCCAUCUAGAGUGCCGUUCCAUCGACAAGGUAGCCAGUCGCAGGUCCCGGGUGAGGACAGCGAGGACACCAUGAAGAAUCUGCGAAAGACCUUUGCUGGGAUAUUUGGGGACAUGUAGACCACAAGAUAUGGCCGACGUAGCGAGAGUGUAGACGUCGGGCACUCUCGCGAUGAGGUAGCGAAUGAUAACAACAAGUCGGCAACAAUACAAACGCGAACUCAUGAAAUUCUCCGACGUUCUCUAAGCAUGUUCCACGACUGAGGCGCACCACACUUGACGCGCUGAUCGAGCGAAAGUUGACGCGGAGCAUGUUGAUAUCUAUAUAUUUGCAGAUUAUCGUAGGAAACUCGCGAAACUGCAUGCCACGCGAAGUGCACUAAUCAUUUGAGUUUAAAAAAAAAGUUAUCGAAUAAAGUCUUUCCGCCUUCAUUUAAUUAAGAGUUGAAUAAAGCGUUAAAAGUACAAAUAGAUUAAAUCGCAUGGUUUAAGAUGCCAAAGCAAUUUUCUGGGUACUUGCUUUAAAUUUCUUCGGAACCUGAACUUGGACUUGGUCUGCUUGCACUUUUAGCACUUUAAUUACGAACGUCGAUCACACAUUAAACGUGAAUAAGUAGUGGUUAUUGCGCGUGCUAGUGCAAAAUUGCAAGACAAAAGUUUUCCCUUUUAACAAAUUAAUAUUCUAUAAGAUAACGAGGUAGAUUCUGUAUAUUAAAAGGAUCAUGAUUCAUGAAUCAUGUAUCUAUCAUGUAUUGCAAAAUAAUGUAGGUUCUAUGUAAUCCGUGUACACUGACGAGUUAAAUAAAAGUUAGGCAAGUUCAGUCGAAGAAAAAUGGCAACUCAUUUAAUAUCUCAGCUUGAUGUCAGUUGAAUUGCUACCGCGAUAUCCAGUGCGUCAACAAUAACGCGCUUUCUCACUAUAAAAGCAGGAAUCGCUCCGUAGGCCCCUGGCAUCUCCUCAACCGGUUUUACUUCGAGCAUCCACUUUUAGGCUUAACGUUCGGAUCGUCGUGUGUCAUAUUGUCAUUAAGGGAAAAGGCAUUGCGAGAUAGAAAUUAAGGCAGGCAAUGGGCGUCUUUUGGGCGAUCUCGCAGUGUUUGUAAAAAUAUUUGUACGCCUAUGUCAUUCGAGAUAAUCGAAGACGACAAAAAAAGAGGAGAUUCGGGCAUUAUUCUGAACAUUUGGCUAACCGAGACUGCAAGCGGUCGUUUGGUUUCAUCGAGGACUACAAGUCGGGAGGACGUAGUUGCCUCUACUGUUAAGACAGGCAAAAGGUAGCUUUUAAGAUAAUCAGGGAUGGGCGAUGUUUUUUGAUAUCGCGAAACGUCGAGUUUUUUCAGAUCCAAAUCCAAAUUCGCAAAUUCUUUAUCCGACGACGAUUGUAUAACGAAUCAAUUCGCAGUACGCUAAUAAAUUUUAAUAAAUCGAAGAUAGAUGAUUGUCGUGUAGAUUUUUCGAUGAUGAUGAAAAUUUAUCGCGCAUCCUAAGAGAGGCGACAUUUUUUUUUUCCUAAAUUUUCACACGUUGCGGGUUGUCGUUAAAGCUGCAUAGGACGACCACGCCGUCGGUAGAAAAUUCUUGAAAAUUCAGUCGCUGGAUAUUUAGCAUUAAGGAACCAUAUAAGCGAUGGAUCUUGGCGCGAGAAACGAAAGCAAACGGUCGAGUCGAUCGAAAAUCCGGCAUGCGAUCGUGCAACGCGGGACAAAGUAAUCCCAAUACAUAGAUCUGCAAAUAUAUACAUAUACGCAUAUGUAUGUGCAAACAGGUUGAAUGUAGUAUAUUGGCGAGGUGUAUACCAGUUAAACAUAACUAAAAUUACGCGGAGCACGAGGAAGAGGCAGUUUUCAUCGAAUGACCGCAGAUUUAACUUAAUAAAAUAAGACUAAAGAAGAGAUCAGGAGAGACACUCGACCGUGGUUUCAGCUCUGAAGAGAGGAAGGAUCAACGUUACGCAAUAAUUAUUGCGAUUUUAAAUUCUGCUGACGCAAGCAGUUGUCAAAUGUGAUAAAACAUUCGAGAAAUAUCAAUUAAUAUAUAAUCAAUUGAUAGAGAUAAAAAGGAGGACGUAAACUUAAACGACUGACGGAGGAGGGUGAUUUAUUUGAAAGUAUAAUCUUGUUUGAAGCGCUGACGAUAUAAAUUAAUUAUCCAAUAUAUUUGAAGUUAUUAUUUUAUAAUAAAAAAUGCAAACAUACGAUCAAUGAAAUAAAGAUGACAACGGAAGAAAAUUUUCUAAUACUAUUCGUACGAUAUAAAAAGUAAAAUGUCUAAAGUCUCUAAAUAAAAUUUCUAAAGUUAAAUUUUUCGAAAUUAAAUAGAUUCUGUCUUGCAUUCGAGAAACCAAGACCCGAUUUGUGAGCUGAGCGCCCCUCCAUCAGUUUUUGUUCUUUGUAUUUUCAGCGCUUCAUUUAAAAAGCUCUAUGUAAUGAAAAUCUGACAUUUAUACGAUUUCGUCGUAUCUCUUUCGCGGUUUUCUAACUGUAUAAGUAAUAAGUAACUGAGAGUUUGAUUUUCAUGUGCCUUGACACUGAAGUGUCCUUCGUAUCACGUUUUUCGCGAUAUCAGAAGACGAUUGAAAAAUGUAGGAAAUAAAAAUAAUUUUCGGAAGACGUAAGCUACGACGACGCUGGUAAAUUACUGCGACAAGCAGAAUGAAGUAGGUAUUUUGAGCAGACAUUGCACUUUACCACGUGAUACUUUCGAUCGUUUGUACUUUUUAUAAGGCUCGAUCUCAUUGCAAUUGUAUAUUCGCUGAGACACGCUGUUUCUUCACCGACGUUCAUCGUGGCGAAGAAGUGUGCGCACCGUCCAAGCUUACAUUCGUUACAACAUGAACGCAGUAUCGAGAUAAAAGAAUAUGUUACAUAAAAGUAAGUUCUUGUAUAUAUCAUAAUUUCCACCGGGUUAAUCGCGAUCCUAAUAGUUUUCAUUUCUGCAGUAUAUAAAAUAGACUGUCUUCCAUGUUCGUUGCGAACUAAAUAUUUUCAACGGCGAAUUUUGUGCAAGUAAAACAGAUAUCUUAGUCUCUUCUUAAUAUUCUUCUUUAAAAAAAAAUAAAUAAAGAAAUAGUUACAUUUCUGUAGAAGUUAUAUUUCCGUAAACAUAAUUGCGUCCUGGAAAAUAUCUAAAUACGUAAUUCGUACAUUAGAAGUCUUUUUCUCAUCAUUUUUCUCGCGCUAAAAAAAUUAUUUCAUGUUUAGCGAGUCUCAUGAUUAGGGAAAAAAAAUUGCGCAAUUAAGGGGUCAAACAGGGACGCAAAGAUUGCACGAAAGAUUUAACAGUUUGACGCACACAAAACAGAUCUCAAAUUCCAGUUUCAGAGCUGACGCCACGGUACGAAGAAGAGCAAUCAAACAAUCAUAAUCACGUCACUGCGCGGAGAUCAAUGGAUCAGCGCUGGAUGCGUAGACGCGGUUACAGUUUGAAGAAUAUCUCAGGGGUGCGAGUCUAGGCACUAGAUAAAGUAGGAACUAGAAAUGGCAAAAAUGCGUGAUUACGCAACGCAGCUGCAUCAAAUCACCGAUGCCGAUUGCACUCGGCAGAACGGAUAGAGUUAGGGUUCGCUUAUUCGGAGAAAUCCUUGUAACUGUGAUCUUCGGGAUUGUUUGCAGGAGGGAAAAAUUUUGCGUCCGUAUCUUGUUCGACUGAUCGCUUUUCUUAGUAAAUUUUUAUAUGCAUAAUCAAUGAGCUUCUUCUUCAAUUUUGAAUAUUUUUUUAUUCUCUGAAAUUCUUAUUUCGCAGCAUUGCAAAUUCUCGAAGAAAAUUUUUUGAGACUCGUCAGAUAUUAUACUUUUAAACGCUUAUUGUCAAGAAUUUUGUAUAAAGUUCAGAAAAGAUUACAAUUAUGUGAUAAAUUUUCAUGAAAGUAAAAAUAUAUUGUUCGAUCAGUAGUUCGUUAAUAUUAAUAGCUCAAUUAUUAAAAAUGUUUCAGUAACUUAAUUAUAUUAAAUUAAUUGAUUUAAAGCCAAUUUUCUUAUUUGCAACACAUCAUUUGACAUCUCGCUUAAAUAUCGCAUAAAUACAAAGCUGUGGGUUUAGUCUCCAAAACGAUCGUUCGAACAAUGUUGAUCUUGACUAAAUAGCGAUGCAGCAUUGGACAUUUCGUUGCUUGGAUCAUAAUUAUCGAAACGUUAUAUAAUGACACGUUUAGUUAAGGUGACCGUGUGGUGUCGUGAGCAGCAGUGUUUUCAUUUUCAUUUCAAAUGCACCGAUUGCACCGUAGUUCAAGUAAUAAGCGCACCAGCAAUAUCCGUAGAUUAGCGUGGUAUCGCAUCUUCAAUUCUCUAGGAUACUUCUCGCGCAUCCUGUGCACAGAAUUUUCAACACGAAAUGAAACAAUGAAAAUAUCGAAUAAUAAAAACCGUUUCCCCUCAGGGUAAAGUUAGUCUCAUCGAUCUCGCGCCACAAUAUAUAUUUGUGUGUGUAUAUAUAUAUAAUAGCACGCAUGCUAUACUUCAUAUAAAAUCGCCUUAAUGGAAAUUCAUAAUUUCAUUCCUAGUCAUCUCUUUCACGAAAAGGCAUUUAUCUUCGUACUUUUGACGUCAUUUCUGUAAAACCGCAUCUUAAAAACGCCGGAAUUAGAUAAUGCGAAAUCCUUCGUGCGACCUGCGAGAUUUAUAAAAAUGCAGUUACGAAGUAAUUCGUAUUGUAAGGCCGUAUAAUGUUAAGCGAGGACGUCACUACGUCGAUACGAUAAUUAAUUAGUGAUCUCCAUACUAUCGAUUAUUGUGAAUAUAAUAAAGUUUGCGGUUCAGCACCGCAAAUUGUUCGCAACUGCAAGCCCGUGUUCCCUACUUCGUAAGAGGGAGCGCGAGUUUACGAUCCAUUAUUAAAGUCUCUCAAAUCAACAUCUCUCGUACUUUCGACGAUUAUCCUUCGAUUAUUGCGAGAGGAUCGUGCAAUAAGUUAUAGAUUCGCGCAUGUUUCACGCCUUUAGAUUACGUAAUGCUCGUAUGCACAUAUAUACAUAUAUCUCUUACUGUGCUUUAUGAGCAUUCGUCACAGUACAUCGAGGAGAAAUCUCUUACGUACAUAUACGAUCUUAGCGGUACGAUCGCUGGGCUUCAAUGCCUCCUUACCUUCUCUUCCAUUUGCUUCAGAUCAGCAGUAGUGGCAUAGGGUCGUUAUAAAUCCUUCUCCCCUUUAUCCUUCCCCUUCCAACGAAGAUGUUAGAGUAGUUAGAUAUAGAUUAAAUCUAUACGUGUUAUUAUAUACAAAUUGCGAAUUGACGCACGGUGUUUUAAGAUUAACAAAAACGUCUUUGCUAACUGCUAAGGUUGUUCUAAUAAUGUUAGCUAGAAACUUGUAGCAACUUAACUAACUUUACUUCAACUGGCAUUUAUGAAAAUAAUCUUUAUAGUGAUGUCGCACAAGACUCUAUGCAACUACUGCAAUUAACAAUAAGCGAUCGGAUAUGUUACAUUUCGACCAAGGUCCAAUCUCUAUAAAAGAAGAGGUUUCGUUGUCUUUUUGCAAUAGGUUUGCAAUUAUUUCACAGAACGUGUUCGACAAAAUUACGUUAAUUGCGGUCGCGCGAAACACCAAAAUUGUUAACUUUACAAAUGAUGCACAACGAAAGCGCAUUUUCGGCGAUUGUAUAUCUUUAUUUCGCAUCUGAGCUGCAGUAAGCCAAUAGGAUGGAGUACGCAUCAUCGAUUUAUCCCCGAUUACACGACGGCUCGUCUCUUGAUAAUACUCAAUGCAUAUUUCUGUGUGUGUAACGAAUUUAAUGUUAAAGUCGGAUGGUAAUCACAUCAAUGGGAGAAAAGUAACGAUAAUAGCCGAAUAGGCGUGUGGGCGCGACGAAUGUAUACGUCGCAGCCCAGUACUGUGCGUUACCUCCUUGAUUUCAAUGCGUGCUAGCCCAAUAUGUAUGAAAUCCAAUCAUACGCAUUACACAUACACACACACAUACACAAAAAAAAAAGAAUAAAUCGUAUCGUAACGCUAUAUAAGUAAUACUACUGUAUGAUGUCGAUGUUAUUUAAUCCGUUAUCAUUAAAAUCAGCCUAUGGUGCCAGGAAUGCAAAAUAUUAAGGAUAUUUAUCACGUUAGAUUUCAAGAAGACAUAGAAAAAACUAAUUUACGUAGAUUCGUUAGGAAUCUUAAAAAUUAACAUAAUCAGUCGGAGCGUUGGAUUAUGCGAGAUAAAUAACACACGUAUAAUCCGGGAAUCAUUAUGAAGAUAUUUAGUAGACAAGCGUCGACGAAAGAGCGACCGUGCUCGUCGUGCUUUCUCGAGCGGAUCUUUACCGGGCGCGAGCACGUUGAUCAUGCUCCUAAAGAGAGGAAGGGAGAAUCGAAACGUGACGCUUCGAUGACCACGAACAGACCACCCACGCGGGAGAAAGGGUUGAAUCGAGGUCCAUGAUCGACUCGUUGGCCGCCACGUGCUCGAAAACCGCCGUGACUUUCGAAUUGGCUGACAUUCACGCGGCGGUCGACGUUUCGACGAACCUUGAAUCGAGGCUGAAUACCGGCGGUGAUGACUUCUGACAUUACUGCGUGCGAAGCGCGCGUGCGAUUCAACCGCGAAAAAAAAAAGAAACGAUAGAGUUGUAAUGGAUGACGAGUUCAAGCGGAUAAUUCGUUGCGGUUCGUGGUGAUUCUAAUCGAAAAAAAAUACAAGGUGUAGCAUGAAUGAAUGGCGGUCUUUUUGAUAUAUAUUCUAAUUAUAGAACUUUAAUGUGCUCAUAUUAAUUUUACAUCAUGCUUUGAAAUAGAUACAAUAAUGUUGCUGUUAUUUUAUAUUUUUAUUUUUUAUUUUUUUAGUUUUACUACACUCUUGCACACUUUUCAUCAAAGGAAUUAUAUUUAAUUACACCGAAGAUCAAUCAGAUAAUUUACAAAAAUAAAAGCUAAAUAUCUUUAUAUAAUUUAUCCGAAAUUAAAUUCUUUUAAUAUGAAGAGUAAAAUUUGAUCGGACAUCAUUUCCGCGUAACUGGAGAUAAAAGAUAGAAAGAUAAUUACGAAGGUCGAUUCCCUGAUCUCAAGAGCAAGAUCGAUACAAGAAGAAUAUAAACCGAUAGAAGCGCGAAAGAUUAAAGCGAAAGAAUAAAUAAAGAGAAAUCACGAACGAUACGGCGUAUUUCUUUUCGCGAUAAGCUUUUAGAUACUUAAGAUCAUAAGCGUAUUUUUAGUAGUUCAUUGAGAGGACAACGAAUCAACAAAGCGAGUACGUGUCCUGAGCGGGUGGAAAUGGGUGAAACAAACGGAAAGGAAGAAAGAGAAGGACGAUUAUAGAGCAACGUUAAUGUAGUACGUCAUGCGUGUAGAUUAAUGCGCUCUAGAAUUAUCACUAUUCGUUUUAUCGUACGAUUCGUAUAAUGAAUACGAAUUUCGAUACGAUGUAACUCGGGAGGUCACUAAUAAAUGUAGUUUUAUCCCUGAAAAACCAAUGGGGAAUUAGAUCAUACACACAUAAAAUGCGAGUUCUAUCUGUCAUCGUUAAUUACUAAGGAUUAUCAGAAUUUGGCGAAACACUAAGAUAAAAUGAGUCAAAUGUAAGAAUAUAAAUUUAUAGUCACUAGCGAGUAUGCGAAGAAGUGUAGUACAAUAUUAACGAAAACGUGUAUAAAAAUAUAUACAGAUUAUAUAAAUAAUAUAUAUAAAAAUAUAUAUAAAUAUAAAGACAAAUAUAUAUAAAUGCAAAGGCAUAUAUAAAUACAAAUAUGUAAUUAUUCCUAUGAUAUGCAACGUUAAUCGUUAGGUACACGUCGAGAUGCUCGUUGCAAUCGAACAUUUAUCGCUUGAUCAAAGAUUGAUAGCGAAAAUAUCGCUUAAACACAUUGAAAUGUUAUAAUAGCAAAGCGCAAAUUUAGAUGUGAUGAUGAAAAUUUAAAUGUUUAAUGUUAUUCGAUUGAAUUAAGUCGCUUCUGUGUCGCUUAGCGAAAAACGCGAUGGGCAGCGAGCAUCAACGUUCAGUGACCGUCAAGAUCUUUUUCGCAAUAGUCCACGAGAUGAGAUGUAGAAGUAGAGAGUAGAUAAUUUCUCGAUGAGCCGAUACCUCAGUCGACAAGGUUAUUGUGGUUAUUUUUGGCCUAACAUAUGCUAUACUAUAAAAACGGUGUUUGUCGUUUAAUGCGAAAACAUCCGAUAAAUAUCGAAGAUUAAUCGAGUUAUCAAUUUAAUAUUUUAAGUUUGGAAGGGCAUUGGACUCGUUGUUUUUUUUGGGGGCACAUCCAUAUUUGCGCCUUUUUGUAAAACUUUUGUAUCGAUAUUUUAUAUAUUACGAUAAAAGUAUGAAAAAUUCGUGUCGUUAAAAUAAAACGUAGUAUUCAUUAAGAUUUCUCGAUUGUUAAUCGCGACCGUGAAAUGGUAAUCCAUUGCGACAAGUAUUUUCAUUUAAACUUUCGUAUGUAGCAUUUUUUCAAGAACAACGAUAUUAAUGAUACAGGUACGGACGAAAAUUAUGUGAUGAGAUCUUUUGUAUUAUUAACGUUUCUAUCGGUAUGGUUGAUAGAUACAAUAACAGUUUCUUGGAAUGUUCAACGUUUUGAUGUGAUUCGUAAUUAACCGAACGAAGAGAUAUCAAUAGAACAAUAGCAAUUAACUGUGCCGCAGUUUCCUGAAUAACAAAAAAGAAAAAAAAACAUGAAUGUAUGAACCAUUACUCACCUCCUGUUGCCAUAAUAGAUUAUAAAACAUUUCCAAUGUUUCCUAGUCAUUAUGGUUGUUGAUGAAUCUUACUCUUAAAUGUGUUAAAACAAUAGAUCGCAACUAUAAAUGUCCAUUAUGUUAUAUAUACAUAAAUAUAUAUUAUAUGCGUUACGUUGCCAUUGGAGUUACCAUUACUAAUAUUACCACAAUUAAUGUGAAAUAUAAUAAUUAAUGCGAGUAUCGAGGUGUGAAAAUCGACAGCGAAAUGUUAUAAAUAUUUAUGUGUAAUCGUCAUGACAAUGUGUACGCGCAAUGUUCUUUUCCAAUUAACGAUUAUUAGGCGAUACGUAAUAGAUGAAUUAUCGCAUUGAUAAUAAGAUAAAGAGGAAACGAAAUAAUAUAUUAAUCAUCAAUAAUAUCUCUCGCAGCAAUGAUAAUAAAUGAGACACUAAUAUGCAUUAGAUAUGGGGCGUUGUAUAUUUCGAAGGCGCCCCGAUGUAGAACCUGUUACAUUAUUAUGUUUAAUGCAAUACAUAAGCUAAACUGUAAUAAUAAAAACAUAUAUAAGCGUAAAA